CUUGAACGCCGAAUCGGAGGAGCUCCACUUUUUUGGGCUUUAUAAAUUUUCCUUGAAUUUAGGCAGAUUUCAGUUUUUCAGUCUCCACCUACCACUCUACCUACCCUCUCUAUUAGUUAUAUAGUUGAUUCAUUGAUCCAACCGUCUUGCUCGGCAACAGGACUCUUCUGAAAUCAAUCAAUCAGAGAGUUUUGGAGUGUGUCUUGCUCGGCGAUAAGACUUUUUCUUUUUCAGAAAUCAAUCUGGAUUUGUUUAGUUCAUAGUCUUGAAUUGAAUUGUGGUUUUAGCGAGGAGGAGACAUGUCUGCGGCUUUGACUCCGAACUCAGUUUUGCACAGCCGUGACCUUUUAGUGCCGUCCCCGGCCAGGGGUCUGUUGAACGGGUUGGGACGACUGCCUAUAGGAGGAGCUGGAAGAGCUGCCACUGCUAAGAGGGCGAAUUGUUCUCUGUCCAAAGGACACCGUAGUUUACCGGAAAAGAGGUUUUACGGGGCAAAGCUCCGAUCUUUGGGCUCUGAAAGGUUGCAUCUUUGGCAAUCGGAUCGGCUCGGCAGAGCUUCCAAGCAGCGAAUUGUUGUGCGUUCCUCUUUCUCUCAGGUUCCCGAGAAGCCGCUCGGUCUCUAUGAUCCCUCAUAUGAUAAGGACUCGUGCGGGGUCGGAUUUAUAGCUGAGCUUUCCGGUCAAAGCAGCCGCAAGACGGUGACAGACGCAAUUGAGAUGUUGGUACGAAUGUCUCACCGAGGCGCGUGUGGUUGUGAGACGAAUACAGGUGACGGCGCUGGCAUUCUUGUGGAUCUUCCUCAUGACUUUUACAAGGAGGUUGUUAAGGAUGUUGGGUUUGAGCUACCCGCACCUGGACAGUACGCAGUUGGCAUGUUCUUCAUGCCCACUGAUGAUGCGAGAAGAGAGAAAAGUAAAAGUAUAUUUACAACGGUAGCUGAUUUACUUGGCCAUAAAGUCAUUGGAUGGAGACCCGUCCCAAGAAAUAAUUCAGGACUGGGAAACUCUGCUUUGAAGACAGAGCCUAUCAUUGAGCAAGUAUUUGUUACCGAAACUCCCCGAUCGAAGGUUGAUUUUGAGCGACAGAUGUACAUAUUACGGAGGGUUGCUAUGCUAGCAAUUCGAGCUUCUUUGAACCUCCAACAUGGCGACCGUAAAGAUUUCUAUAUAUGUUCUCUUUCGUCAAGGACUGUUGUCUACAAAGGCCAGUUAAAGCCUGAUCAGUUGCAGGAUUACUACUAUGCAGAUCUUGGCAAUGAAAGGUUUACGAGCUACAUGGCACUGGUUCAUUCUAGGUUCUCAACGAAUACUUUUCCUAGUUGGGAUCGUGCUCAACCCAUGCGUGUCUUGGGUCACAAUGGGGAAAUUAAUACACUCCGUGGAAAUGUAAACUGGAUGAAGGCUCGUGAGGGUCUCCUUAAGUGCAAGGAGCUUGGCCUUUCUAAGUCAGAGAUGACGAAGAUUUUACCCAUUGUUGAUGCUAGUUCUUCUGAUUCAGGAGCUUUUGAUGGUGUACUUGAACUCUUAGUUCGUGCUGGUAGAAGUCUACCUGAAGCUGUUAUGAUGAUGAUUCCUGAAGCCUGGCAAAAUGAUAAGAACAUGGAUCCUGAAAGGAAGGCUUUAUAUGAAUACUUCUCAGCUCUCAUGGAACCUUGGGAUGGGCCUGCUCUUAUUGCAUUUACUGAUGGACGCUACCUUGGAGCAACAUUGGAUCGCAAUGGACUUCGGCCUGGCCGGUUUUAUGUCACACACAGUGGCCGAGUUGUAAUGGCAAGUGAAGUUGGUGUAGUUGAUGUUGCACCUGAGGAUGUGAGUAGAAAAGGAAGGCUCAAUCCUGGAAUGAUGCUUCUUGUGGAUUUUGAUAACCAUGUUGUUGUGGAUGAUGAUGCUCUGAAACAACAAUAUUCUCUUGCUAGACCUUAUGGGGAGUGGCUUGCAAGGCAAACUAUACAAUUGAAAGACAUAGUUGAGUCUGUAAAAGAAUCGGACAGGACGCCUCCACUAAUUGCAGGAGCUUUACCAGCAUCCAAUGAUGAUGAUAACAUGGAAAACAUGGGCAUUCAGGGUUUACUGGCUCCAUUAAAGGCCUUUGGCUACACUGUCGAGGCCUUGGAAAUGUUGCUACUUCCUAUGGCAAAAGAUGGGGUUGAAGCUCUUGGUUCUAUGGGUAAUGAUGCUCCACUUGCUGUGAUGUCCAACAGGGAGAAACUCUUAUAUGACUAUUUCAAGCAGAUGUUUGCUCAGGUUACAAAUCCACCAAUUGAUCCUAUUAGGGAAAAAAUUGUCACUUCCAUGGAGUGUAUGGUUGGUCCAGAAGGAGAUCUCACGGAGACGACCGAAGAGCAGUGUCAUCGCCUCUCACUCAAAAGUCCUCUCUUGAGCAUUGAAGAGAUGGAAGCUCUUAAGAGGAUGAACUACAGAGGCUGGAAAAGCAAGGUUAUUGAUAUCACCUAUCCUAAAGAACAUGGAAGUAAGGGUUUAAAGGAGACGUUAGAUAGGAUCUGUUCUGAAGCACAUAGAGCAAUCAAUGAGGGUUAUUCUACACUCGUGCUUUCUGACAGAGCCUUCUCGCCCAACCGAAUUGCUGUGAGCUCCUUGCUGGCUGCUGGGGCGGUACAUCAACAUCUGGUUAAAAAUCUUGAGCGAACUCGUGUUGCACUGGUUGUUGAAUCAGCUGAACCCCGUGAGGUGCACCAUUUUUGCACGCUUGUAGGUUUUGGAGUGGAUGCCAUCUGCCCUUAUUUGGCGACAGAAGCUAUAUUGAGGCUGCAGGUUGAUGGAAAGAUCCCACCAAAGGCAACCGGUGAGUUCCAUACCAAGGAUGAGCUUGUUAAGAAGUAUUUUAAAGCAAGCACGUAUGGGAUGAUGAAGGUUCUUGCCAAAAUGGGCAUUUCAACUUUGGCCUCAUACAAAGGUGCUCAAAUUUUUGAGGCUGUGGGCCUUUCAUCAGAAGUAAUGGUGCGGUGCUUCGCUGGAACUCCAAGCAGAGUUGAGGGUGCCACCUUUGAAGCACUUGCACAAGAUGCAAUUAAGUUUCAUGAACUGGCAUUUCCUUCACGUUCACUCCCUGCUGGAAGUUCAGAGGCUGUAGCACUCCCUAACCCCGGUGAUUAUCACUGGAGAAAAGGCGGUGAGGUUCAUCUCAACGAUCCCCUUGCUAUAGCCAAAUUACAGGAAGCUGCCAGAUCCAACAGCGUGGCUGCCUACAAGGAAUACUCCAAGCGUGUCCAAGAAUUAAACCAACAAUGUAAUUUAAGGGGUCUUUUGAAGUUCAAAGAGACAGGAGUGAGAAUUCCUCUGGAGGAAGUUGAAUCGCCUACUGAGAUAGUAAAGCGUUUCUGCACUGGAGCUAUGAGUUAUGGGUCGAUAUCACUGGAAGCUCAUACAACCCUUGCUAUUGCAAUGAACAGAAUUGGGGGGAAAUCAAACACAGGUGAGGGAGGUGAACAGCCGUCUCGCAUGGAGCCUCUUCUGGAUGGAUCCAGCAACCCUAAAAGAAGUGCAAUUAAGCAGGUUGCAAGUGGAAGAUUUGGAGUCACAAGUUAUUAUCUCACAAAUGCUGAUGAAUUACAAAUAAAAAUGGCCCAGGGAGCAAAACCUGGAGAGGGUGGUGAACUUCCUGGACACAAAGUCAUUGGUGACAUUGCUGUCACUAGGAACUCCACUUCUGGGGUAGGACUAAUUAGUCCUCCUCCUCACCAUGAUAUAUACUCUAUUGAAGAUCUUGCCCAAUUGAUUCAUGAUCUUAAGAAUGCAAACCCAGGGGCUCGAGUAAGUGUGAAACUAGUUUCUGAAGCUGGUGUUGGGGUUAUUGCAAGUGGUGUUGUGAAAGGGCAUGCUGAUCAUGUUUUGAUCUCUGGUCAUGAUGGCGGUACAGGAGCAUCAAGAUGGACUGGAAUCAAGAGUGCUGGACUUCCAUGGGAACUUGGUCUUGCUGAGACUCAUCAGACUUUAGUUGCGAAUGACCUUCGAGGCCGAACAACUCUGCAGACAGAUGGCCAGUUAAAAACUGGAAGGGAUGUGGCUAUUGCUGCACUUCUGGGUGCAGAGGAGUUUGGUUUCAGCACUGCACCUUUAAUAACACUAGGAUGCAUCAUGAUGCGAAAAUGCCAUAAAAACACCUGUCCGGUGGGGAUUGCGACUCAAGAUCCUGUUCUUCGGGAAAAGUUUGCUGGAGAACCAGAACAUGUCAUAAAUUUCUUCUUCAUGCUAGCAGAAGAGGUAAGGGAAAUCAUGUCCUCUCUUGGUUUUCGAACACUCAAGGAAAUGGUUGGCCGUUCUGACAUGCUUGAGCUAGAUGAAGAUUUAGUCAAGAACAAUGAGAAGCUGAAGAACAUUGAUCUCUCUUUGCUACUCCGACCUGCUGCUGACAUCCGAUCAGAUGCUGCUCAAUAUUGUGUGCAGAAACAAGAUCAUGGUUUGGAAAUGGCUUUAGAUAACACAUUAAUAGAAUUGUCCAAAGGUGCUUUAGAGAGAAGCCUUCCUGUAUAUAUUGAAACUCCGAUCUGCAAUGUCAACCGGACAGUUGGCACCAUGCUUAGUCAUGAAGUAACAAAGCGUUAUCACAUGAGUGGGCUGCCCACGGACACAAUUCACAUUAAACUUAGUGGAAGUGCAGGACAGAGUCUUGGAGCUUUUCUGUGCCCUGGAAUCACCCUUGAGCUUGAAGGAGAUAGCAAUGACUAUGUGGGGAAAGGGCUUUCAGGUGGAAAGAUUGUUGUUUAUCCUCCAAAAGAAAGUACAUUUGACCCAAAAGAGAAUAUUGUAAUCGGAAACGUUGCUCUAUAUGGGGCAACAAAUGGGGAGGCUUAUUUUAAUGGGAUGGCAGCAGAAAGAUUCUGUGUCCGUAAUUCAGGGGCUAAGGCUGUAGUAGAGGGUGUUGGUGAUCACGGAUGUGAAUACAUGACAGGCGGAACAGUAGUUGUGCUUGGCAAAACUGGACGGAACUUUGCUGCUGGAAUGAGUGGGGGUGUUGCGUAUGUACUUGAUGCAGAUUCCAAGUUCAGGUCACGCUGCAACACCGAGUUAGUAGACCUUGAUAGAGUCGAAGAUGAAGAUGAUAUUAUGACGCUUAAGAUGAUGAUUCAGCAACACCAGCGUAAUACAAACAGCAAAGUUGCAAAAGAAGUUCUUGCUGAUUUUGACAAUGUUUUGCCCAAGUUCAUCAAGGUCUUCCCUAGAGAGUAUAAGCGGGUCCUUACAAGCAUGAAAGAGUCUGAAGCUAGCAAAAAGGCUGUGGAAUGUGCAGCCAAUGAAGCUAAGGAACAAGAUGAAGAAGAAUUGAGGGAGAUCGAUGCUUUUGAAGAGUUGAAGAAAUUGGCGGCUGCAUCCUCUAAUGGGAAACUUGACCAGGAUGAGAAAGUGAAGAGACCAACCAAAGUUAAUGAGGCAGUCAAACAUCGGGGUUUUGUUAACUAUGAGCGAGAAGGAGUUUCAUACAGGGACCCAAAUGUUCGCUUGAGAGACUGGAAAGAAGUCAUGGAAGAGACUAAACCUGGUCCACUUUUGAAUACACAGUCGGCACGCUGUAUGGACUGUGGUACUCCUUUUUGCCAUCAGGAAAACUCUGGCUGUCCUCUAGGAAAUAAAAUACCUGAAUUCAAUGAACUGGUGUAUCAAAAUAGAUGGCGUGAAGCACUCCAUAGGCUUCUAGAGACUAAUAACUUUCCAGAGUUCACGGGUCGUGUGUGUCCUGCACCUUGCGAGGGAUCAUGUGUACUUGGUAUCAUAGAAAACCCAGUCUCUAUUAAAAGCAUAGAGUGUGCUAUCAUUGACAAAGGUUUUGAGGAGGGCUGGAUGGUGCCACGACCUCCUGAAAAGAGAACAGGAAAACAAGUUGCUGUUAUUGGAAGUGGACCAGCUGGUCUGGCUGCUGCUGAUCAGUUGAACAAAAAGGGUCAUACUGUAACAGUUUUUGAGCGCUCUGAUCGGAUAGGUGGUCUUAUGAUGUAUGGAGUGCCCAACAUGAAGGCCGAUAAAAUUGAUAUAGUUCAGAGACGGGUAGAUCUAAUGGAGAAGGAAGGUAUCAACUUUGUUGUCAAUGCUAAUGUUGGUAAAGAUCCUACGUUCUCCCUUGAUCGGCUUCAAGAGGAGUACGAUGCAAUUAUUUUAGCUAUAGGAUCCACAAAACCUAGGGACCUUCCUGUUCCUGGCCGUGAACUAUCUGGAGUCUAUUUUGCUAUGGAGUUCCUUCAUGCUAACACUAAAAGCUUGCUUGAUAGCAAUCUUGAGGAUGGUAAUUACAUUUCUGCCAAGGACAAGAAGGUGGUAGUUAUUGGGGGUGGUGACACCGGCACAGACUGCAUAGGGACUUCUAUUCGUCAUGGUUGUAGCAGUGUAGUGAACCUAGAGCUUCUCCCCCAGCCUCCGAUGUCUAGGGCUGCAAGCAAUCCUUGGCCGCAGUGGCCUCGGGUGUUUCGAGUCGAUUAUGGACAUCAAGAGGCUGCUACAAAAUUCGGCAAGGAUCCAAGGUCUUAUGAGGUGCUAACAAAGCGGUUUAUCGGAGAUGAAAAUGGAGUGGUGAAAGGUCUUGAAGUUGUUCACGUGCAAUGGGAGAAGGAUGCAACAGGGAAAUUUAAUUUCGAGGAAAUCAAAGGUUCUGAGGAAAUCAUUGAAGCGGAUAUAGUUUUUCUUGCGAUGGGUUUCCUUGGCCCUGAAUCUACCAUAGCUGACCAACUGGGCGUGGAGAAAGAUAACAGGUCGAACUUAAAAGCUGAAUAUGGACGCUUCGCCACCAAUGUGGAAGGUGUGUUUGCAGCAGGGGACUGUCGUAGAGGCCAGUCUCUAGUGGUGUGGGCCAUCUCAGAGGGGCGACAAGCAGCUGCACAAGUUGACUGCUACCUCAUGCGAGACGAAGAUGAUUCUAUUUGUAGCACUGCUGGGCAGAGUUGGAGAUUUUGUCGAGAAGCAGCAAGGUAGCAGGAAGAGACAUCUUUCAUGUUUAAAAUAUAUGAGGAAUUAGUGAUUGGUUUUUUUAUUGUGUGCAUGCAAUUGGAUGAUGAUGUUUUGUUAUGUUAGGUCGUUUUCUGGUUAUAUUUUAUUUAUAGUUAAUUUAUAGUUAAUGAUGCUUGUUGGUUUGAAGGAGCAGCAAGGCAUAGCAGCAAAGAUGUAUAGUUUUGUUAUUAAAUAAUUCAUUCACAUCUCAGUCAUGAUGCAUGUUGGAUGACAAUAAGUAAUAGAUGGCAUCUCAUAUGCUUUUGCACCCCUCACUGUUGUUUUUUAUUUAAUGUUCUUUUUUAUGUUGAUUGUGGAUUUGUUAAAAGAUUAUUUUGAAGAACAAACAACCAAUCUCUCAUUAAUCCUAACCAUAGCUCAAAUUAUAGAUUGGAUCCAUACUAAAUUCUCUAUCCUUGCAUUAGAAAGGGCUGCCAAUUAGGGACAUUCCCCUGAAUUAAUUGCAUAUAGGUCAGGAGCUUUGUGACUUUGUCCAGAUGCAUGGCAAGACCCGCUUUUUUUACUUCCCCAUUGUGAUCGAUUUUAGCAAAGUUGCAUCAUCAAUAGGAGAAACUCGAUUCAGUCUGGUCCUGUUCGAUAAGAAUAAAAUUUUAAAAUAUUAUUCAAUUGAUCUUCCUAACUUGGCUCUAUGUAGUACCCAAAUAUCAUCAUCUUUCUUCAGGCCCUUCAUCGUGUUAGUUCUCCUCCUUUGCUUAACGGAAUUGUGGAAAAAAUCGGUAUUGCCAUCACCUUCUUUGAGCCAAAAUUCUUUCGCUCUUUGCCUUUAGAAAUAAUUUUGUUGCUCGAGUAGGUUGAAUAAUGUAAUUUCAACUCUUUUCAACUGAACAAUACUAUCAUAUCAUAUUUGUACCUUAAGCACACAAGACGUCGACGACACUCAGCAUUUCCUGCCUGGAACCCUUGCUUUCGUCUCAUCUCCUGCUGCAUUUUUCAAGUGCCCUCCCACAGUAUGUGAUCUGCUGCCAAAUUCCCCGACUGGGAUCAUCCUCGCGGCCAGCUUUGUUGAAUAACCACUUUACAUUACUCCUCUUUUAAUCAUAUAUUUUCAAAUCUAAAGCUCAUCUUACACGAUUGCAUACGACUACGAGAGUAAUUAAACAGAGUAUACAACAUCAUAUGGUCACUAGAUGGACCUUUAUUACUCUUAAAAUGUAUCCAACCAAGCUUCAUUACUUCAUUAGCCACAAUAUAUUUGGUCAAGCUUUUCGCCAAUCCACCACGAUGUACCUCGACCUCGUUGCCAUGUCCACUGGUAUCCCUCAAAAUGCAAAUUACUCAACCGGGAAUCCCAAAUUGCCUCACGAAAACCAUUAAGCAUCCAAUUUAGUUGCAGUAAUCUGCUCCUCCGUUCCGACUUCCGAAUCAUAUAAUGUAUCGUAGAAAUCCCCCAUCAUUAGUGAGGAGCUCACUUCGGCUUGAUAAAAGCCGAAUAAACUCCCAAAAUUCUCUUCCCCUCCUCGAUGAAAAUAAUGUCUUCUUGCAUCAUGACUUACAUGAAGAUGUAUACAUGCGUGUUCCACAACAUUUUGCUAAAGAAGGUGACACUUGGGUAUGCAAGCUUAAAAAAAUCCUUUUACGGCCUAUGCGAAGCAUCAAGAGAUUGGUAUGAAAAGUUCAAGAAUGCUCUCACCCAAAUUAGUUUUCGGCAGUCUCAUGCCGAUCAACAAUUACUCAACUUAAUUUGCCUCUUCUUGUUUAAACUAUAUAUAUCUCUAUUAUUUAUGUCCUUUUUAAUUUAUUGGGAAAAAAGAGUUUUUCCUAGUAGAAACGCAUUGAAAUUUGAAUAACAAACCAUAUCUGCUGAUAAAAAACGAGAAAUCUCAGCUAACCCAUAGAAAGGAACUCGUCACAACUCAAUGCAUUCCAUUGAUGAAGAAAUAAUUUACAGAGGUAUAUACAAAGUAGAGCAUUAGAAAUAGCAGAUACCAGGUACAGAGGGAUGUGAAUCACAAGGCCGCCAUGAGUUGAGUUCUUCUGGCCGGUUCAGAGAUGGAGAAUUUGUAUGCUUGUGGUAUAGAUAGGCUCAGCUCUGCCAUGCUUACUCGUCUUACUUGCACAGUGAUAAACUUAGUUUUCAGGGACGAGUAAUUAUGGCAUUCACUCAUUUGGAUAAGAGUAGAUGAGGGAGGAGGAUAGAGCUUGUUUUAUAGGCUGGAAACAGAUUUCUUCUCCUCAUAUCUUCUCAGGACCACUUCAACAAUUUGGUAGGAAGAACCAAUCUUCUUGGCAAAGUUGGAUAAAAUGGCAUGAUGGUCC